AUGAACUUGGCCAGCCUAAGCGGGGACGCGGGCGGAAGCCAGCUCCUCUUCGCCAACUUUAACCAGGACAACACGUCUUUGGCUGUUGGCACCAAAUCAGGAUACAAGUUUUUCUCUCUUUCCACUGUGGAAAAAUUGGAGCAGUUAUAUGAAUGUACGGACACGGAAGAUGUGUGUAUCGUGGAGCGGCUGUUCUCCAGCAGUUUGGUGGCCAUCGUCAGCCUGAAGGCCCCCAGGAAGCUUAAAGUCUGUCACUUCAAGAAGGGAACUGAAAUCUGCAACUACUCGUACUCCAACACGAUACUGGCUGUUAAGCUUAACAGACAGAGGCUGAUUGUGUGUCUGGAGGAGUCGCUUUACAUUCACAAUAUUCGAGACAUGAAAGUGCUGCAUACAAUCAGAGAAACUCCACCCAACCCUUCAGGGUUAUGUGCUCUGUCCAUAAGUAACGACAACUGUUACCUGGCAUAUCCUGGCAGUUCCAUGAUAGGCGAAGUUCAAGUUUUUGACACAGUAAACCUGCGAGCCGCAAACAUGAUUCCAGCCCAUGACAGCCCAUUAGCAGCGCUUGCAUUUGAUGCGAGUGGGACUAAAUUGGCCACAGCUUCAGAGAAGGGAACAGUCAUCCGGGUCUUCUCCAUCCCAGAAGGACAAAAACUCUUUGAGUUUCGACGAGGAGUCAAGAGAUGUGUGAGCAUCUGCUCGUUGGCCUUCAGCAUGGAGGGCUUGUACCUGUCAGCCUCCAGCAACACGGAGACGGUUCACAUCUUCAAGCUAGAAACACAAAAGGAGAAGCCAGCAGAAGAGCCUACAACAUGGGGAGGAUACUUGGGCAAGGUUCUGAUGGCGUCAACCACGUAUUUACCCUCCCAGGUCACAGAAAUGUUCACACAAGGACGAGCCUUCGCCACCGUUCGCCUGCCCUUCUGUGGGCAUAAGAACAUCUGUGCUUUAGCAAUGAUUCAAAAAAUUCCUAGGUUGUUGGUUGCAGCGGCUGAUGGCUACUUGUAUCUCUACAACCUGGAUCCUCAAGAAGGAGGGGAAUGUACUCUCAUGAAGCAGCACAGGUUAGAUGGCAGUGCAGAGCCGCCAAAUGAGAUCCUGGAACAGGGGUCACAUGAUCGUCCACUUGUGGCACAGACCUACAGCGCUUCUGUCACUAAAGGUAUGUACCUACUGUCAACUUUCACCAUCUUAGGUUACUGUGACGAGCAGGGCGCUGUGGGAGGGGCGGGCCUGGAAGAAGACCUCAACAGCUUGCGUUUGGAGGAUGAGAACGAGCAACCUCCACUCAUCCUGGAAACUGACUGA